GCUGGACGCAAUCAGUUGUGCUUUUUCUCUUCAGCGAACAGCACGCAAAAAAUCGCACUCGCAACAUGGAUUUCUACUACGCACCUCGUGGAAGUGGAUGUCGUACGGUUAUAAUGGUUGCCAAGGCUCUCGGUCUGGAGCUGAAUAAAAAGCAGCUGCGACUCUCGGAGGGGGAGCACCUGAGGCCAGAGUUCCUGAAACUCAAUCCCCAGCACACCAUCCCCACGCUGGUGGACAACGGAUUCGCCAUUUGGGAGUCCCGUGCCAUUGCCAUUUAUCUGGUGGAGAAAUACGGCAAGGAUGACUCUCUCUAUCCCAAGGAUCCUCAGAAGCGUGCCUUGAUCAAUCAACGCUUGUUCUUCGAUUUGGGUACACUUUACGAUUCUUUCAGGAGAUACUAUUACCCAUUCGUCCGUACUGGUCAGUUUGGAACUGCCGACGAUUUCAAGAAGGUCGAAGCCGCCUUUGAGUUCCUGAACAUUUUUCUCGAGGGCCAGAACCACGUGGCUUGCAGCCAGUUCACCCUCGCCGACAUUGCCAUCCUGUCCAGCGUUUCCACUUUCGAUAUCGUUGAGUUUGACAUCAGCAAGUACAUUAAUGUGGACAGGUGGUACGCCAAAGCAAAGAAAUAUACCCCUGGAUGGGAAGAGAAUUGGGAGGGCCUGCAGCAAUUGAAGACUGCUUACGAGGAUCAAAAGGCCGCUGCAAUUCUAAUUCUUCUCUCCAGCGAGCAAUACGACACAGAUAUGGAUUUCUACUAUACGCCACUGGGCAGUGGAUGUCGCAUAGUUGUUAUGGUGGCAAAGGCCGUCGGAGUUGAUCUGUCCAAGAAGCAUUUGGAUACCUCGAAGAUGGAGCACCUGAAGCCUGAGUUCCUGAAACUAAACCCCCAACACACCAUUCCCACCCUGGUCGAUCAUGGAUUCCCUUUUUGGGAAUCUCGUGCCAUUGCAGUCUAUUUGGUGGAGAAAUAUGGAAAGGACGACUCCCUUUUCCCAAAGGAUCCCAAGAUCCGUGCUGUAAUUAAUCAACGCCUUUACUUUGACAUGGGCACCUUGUACGUGGCUUUGGCCAAUUACUACUACAAAGUUUUUGCCACUGGCCAUUUCGGCACUGCAGAGGAAUUCAAAAAAGUGGAAGACAGCUUCGAAUUGUUAAAUACCUUUUUAGAGGGCCAGGACUACUUGGCGGGUGAUCACCUCACUGUGGCCGACAUUGCCAUUCUUGGAAGUGUUUCUACUUUUGAUGCUCUUGAAUUCGACUUUAGUAAAUAUUCCAAUGUUGCCAAGUGGUAUUCGAAUGCAAAGAAAGUUACUCCCGGCUGGGAAGAAAACUGGGAAGGUGCAUUGGAACUAAAAAAGGUAAUUGAUGCGAAAAAGAAUGCAGCAACAAAUUAAAUUUACUUAAAAGAUGUAGCUUUCCAAAUAAAAAUAAAUCAAGACCAGUAGAACCCUACAAAAUUUGCAUAAUUUAAGAA